UCAUCGUCGUCAACCUGAGACGAUGAAGGUUGAAGCGGAUGAACCUGGAGGAUUCCGCUUGGAUCCUCCUAUACCCACAGCAUCCACAUCAGAACAAGUGGAAAAACAAGACAGCAAAGAUCUCAAGUUAACAGUCCAAAUGUUGGCGAUUAAAGCGGAGGUUCCCCAUGAUGGCAGUUCCAGUUUUGACCAGCAGGAUCCUGAACCCCACAUAAAGGAGGAAGAGGAGGAACAACUGAUCAGUCAGGAGGGAAAGCAUCUUUUCGUGAAGAGGGAAGAUGAAGAGAAAGCUCAGUUAUCAGAGCUUCAUCAGAUCAAAACUGAAGAUGACCUAGAGACAGAAGAUCCAACCAGCAGCUCAGCUGAACAGAUCGAAUCAGAACCUGAUGAAGAGGAGUUUGGAGGAUCAGAACCAGACAGAAUCCAAGAUCCAGGGGGUGUUUCACAGCAAAGUAAGAUAACGGUUCAGAAAAAAGGCAUAAGACCUAAACUGUGUUCCAAACGUGGGAGACAGAUUGGAGUUGAAGCUGUAGAUAAACCCUUUGGUUGCAUUGUUUGUGGCAAAAGAUUCAAACGCAAGACUCACAUUAAAUUACACAUGAUGAUUCACUCUGGAAAGAUAGAGCACAGCUGUGAUCUUUGUAGUAAAGGGUUUAAAGAAAAGACUUCGCUUCUUACACACAUGAGACUCCACACUGGAGAGAGGCCAUUUACUUGUGACGAUUGUGGUAGAAGGUUCCAUGCAAAGAGAAUCCUUAAAACUCACCUGAAGGUCCAUUCUGAAGAAAAACCCUUCUUUUGUGAUGUUUGCAGUUCAAGAUUUAAAAUGAAAGAAACUCUUAAAAAGCACAUGCGGAUCCACCUCGAGGAAAAACCAUUUGUCUGUAGUGUUUGCAGUAAAGGAUUUUCACAACAAGAAAACCUAAAGAGUCACAUGCGUGUUCACACCGGCGAGAAACCGUACAUUUGUAGCGUUUGCAGUCAAGGAUUUUCUCUACAUCAGACUCUAAAGAGACACAUGUGCGUUCACACGGGAGAAAAACCAUUUGCUUGCAGCGUUUGCAAUAAAGAAUUUUCGCGACAGAAUUGUCUAAAGAUUCACAUGCACGUCCAUACAGAAGAGAAGCUGUUUAGUUGUAAUAUCUGCAGCAGAGGAUUUUCACGACAAGCCUAUCUGAGAAAACACAUGAAUGUUCACAUGGCAAGGUUUGGCUGUGAUGGCUGCAGUAAACAUUUUGUGAAGAAAAUAGAUUUGCUGCAACAUAUGAAGCUCCACACAGAGAAGAGCCCGUUUGGUUGUGACGUCCGUGACACCAGAUUUGAUCGGAAAUGUCACCUAGAAAACGAUGAGAGAAACUGAUAGUAAAACAUGAAGUGUCUUAAUAAUACGGAGAGCCAAAGGAAAUCAUAGAUCUGCUUGAGGUCAGCAACUAGCAAUGGCUAUGACAGUUGACUAAUCUGUCAGUAUUUUUCUAGUAAAUCAAUGAUUUUGUUAAGCAAUCUCUGCUUUCUGUGGGUAUGCCAUCUGUUUUCAGCACUGUUGCAUGUUUCAUUCCUAGCUUGCAGGUCAGCAACGUUGUGAAUUGCCUCUUGAUGCCUUUAAGGUAAAUAAUACCCAGAAAGUUCAAUCAAUAAAUCAGUAAAAGAAGAGCUCCGUCAAAAAUAAUUUUAUGUUUCAAGUUGAUCUGUACAGGCAAUUUAAAGGGGCAACAGUGGAGAGUAAGAUGCCUCCUGAUCUGAGUUAUCUCAGAGAUACACAUUUUCUCACACAUUAAAUUAUACAAAGGUUAUACUGAUGAUUGUUUUAUUAUGUUGAAAAUGUUAUGUAGUCAUACCAGUGUUCAAAUUGCUGUCAUAGACAUCAAUAAUGACCAAAUGUGUAAAAUAUCAGCUUUUUAGAAAAUUUAUUAACAUAAAGAAGGAAAAUUUCUGAUUAAUGAAACUUUAAAAAAAAUCAAAAAUAUUCCACCUGAGGUAACAACAUUGAGGAAAUAUUGCCAUGGGAUUUUUGAGAACUAUCCUUAAGUGGUGUGUAAAAAAAAAAAAAAGUAUUAAUCCAUCACUGAUGUUAAUCCCAUCUGACCUUUUUCCUGUCACAAUUCCCACAUAUUUAAAUCUUCCCCUAGGAUAUUACUCCUAUGAUUCGUGUGCUCAGUGCAGUUUCCCUUCCAAAUAUACUGCAGAUGGACAUCUAAUCACCAGGAUUUUUAGGUCAAAACUAACAAUUUUUAGUUCAAAACGUGUUACCCAUCUCAUAAAUAUGAACAAAAAGCCUUAAUAGCAGACCGUAGACAUUGCAUGCAAUCUACAAAAUUCAUUAGCAACACAUUUUAAAGAGUCAAAUCAUCUCUCUUACUCACGGAGAUAAUUUCAUUGAACACCUUGGAGGUUGAGAUGUAAACAAAAGUUUUUAUAAGUUCUCAUUGCAGACAUUUACC